AUGGGUAAAGAUGGAUUCUUAACCGCAAAGGCGAUUGGAAACCGCAUCAAAUCAAAGGGUCUCCUUAAACUCAAAUUUUACUGCCAAGUUUGCGAGAAAGCUUGUCGAGAUGAGAAUGGAUUCAAAUGCCACACGAUGUCAGAAUCUCAUCAACGGCAGAUGCUUCUUGUUGCCGAGAAUCCUGCAAAGUAUGUCGACAGUUACUCUGAUCAAUUCAAAAGUGAUUUCUUGAGCAUCUUGUCUCGGCGACAUGGUACCAAAAGAAUUUUUGCAAAUCAAGUCUACCAGGAAUACAUAUCUGAUCGAGAACAUUUACACAUGAACGCUACAAAAUGGACAUCGCUUUCUGAAUUUGUGAAGUAUCUCGGUCGAGAGAGUAUCUGUCAUGUGGAUGAGACAGAAAAAGGCUGGUAUAUAACUUGGAUUGAUAAUAGCCCAAAGGCUUUAGAAAGACAGGCGGCUAUCCAAAAGUUAGAAAGAGCACAGAAAGAUGAUGAUGAUCGAGAACAACAACAGCUCCAGAAACAGAUAGACCGGGCGUCUAAACUGGCCGAAGAGCGUGGACUUUUGGAGCAAAAGUCUGGUGAACUUAAGCGGGAGGACGAACAAGGAAAGAUUAAGCUGAAUAUG